AUGAAAGAAGGAUCCCUGCAUGACUUGGGGGAGCCCAUAGAGCUGAGCGUUGUUUCGCAAUAUGCUGAUAAACACGAGCCCCUACCUGGUGCUAUUGGCGCAGGAGGACACCAGAACGCAAGUGGUGUGCAUCACCAGAUGGAUGUCUCUGUCCACACACUGACUUCAAUAUCUGCUGACCUGUAUAAUCAUAACUCCUUUGGCAGAGAAAGAAUUAACCCUGUCCCCACGCUUUCCUACGGGGAACGUCUUCCAGCGGCCUCCUCGGUUUCUGAUAAAUACCUGCGUCAAAUCACAGGUUUCGAUGCAAGCCAAGCUAUGGAUUUACCCGCGUUAUCUGGGAAUCUGCCUGCUGUAUCUUACCUUCCCUCUAGCACUCUUCCCUGCCUGCCCUUAUCGGCUGCGAAUAUGGGUGUCUCUCAGAUAGUUGAGAGAGCUGCAUUCAUUGCUCCCAGCAAUUUGCAAGCUAAUUCUGACCUGGGCCAGAAUUACUCCAAUGGCAUAUCUGUCCAAUCCAUUCCUCAUAUUCCUAUCUCCGGACUGCUGCCGACAAAAGCACAUGAUUUUCCGAGGGAUGGAACGCUAUCUCCUGCAUCAUCAGAUGACUCAGGUAUUGGUAGUUCCUCUUUUCUGUGCUCGAUGGAUCAGAGCUCGUGUCCUAUCACAAGCACAUCUAGCGCCUUUCAAAGCAGUCGCUCUCAGAGUGUGUCGCUUGCAGCUCCAGGGCCCAUUCCCCCUUCAACGCCUUCCUUAAUAUCUCGGUCUUUUUCCGGAGCAUCUAGACCUAACAUUUCAGCCAAGGACUUACAGACAUCGGUUAGUUUGUCCUCGCAGACACGUAGUGCCACAAAGAGCUUCACUCUCCUAGGCGAUUCACUUGGAGGUGCUCCGUCCCAGGAUGGAAGCUCUACGCUAGUUGCUUCCGCCACUGUUUCGGAGCCACGAUCCCUGCGCAAAGCUACAACGCGGCGUGUCGAGUGUAGCAUCAGAAAAACCACCACAGAGAGAGUGACGAUUCGCGAGCUGCCAGCAGAUGGCUAUUGCUGGCGCAAGUAUGGCUCCAAGCGUCUUCCGAACAACUCUCAUCCCAAAUCCUACUUCAGAUGCUCUGUACCUGGAUGUCAGGCAAAACGGUAUGUCACCGAGACUGACAACAGGGUGCUCAAGACAGAGUACAUUGGAGAGCACAAUCAUGGAAAGAGUUCCAGCACCACUCAUGAAGCAACUAGUCUGGCGGACGUGUGCCGUCUUGCAGCCCUGGGCCAAAACUUCCUCAUCAAGAGUGAUUUGUCUCUAAGUGUACUGUCUAAAACUUUCCUUGACCUGGCAGUCCUUCUUCGGCCGAGCAUCUUCAAUAAUGAUUAUUUAAUCUUAAAUGGCUUUGGAUCCAUAGUUUUGGAUGACUCAGAUAAGCGUUAUCGAGAUCCGAUUAAUGGUCACGAAAUUAUUGAGAUCUCAGACAGUAUCUAUCCUCUAUCUGCACUGACGUCAAUGGUCAUGACUUUCUUCGCGAAAGGAGUUGAGCUCAGUAAUGCGGUCAAUCUGGCCAUCACGCAAUUGAACAAAAGUUUUCGUGAAAAAGCUAUGUAUGCAAUCAGAAAGCAAGACAGUCGCGGUCGUAACCAUUCGGAUGAUUCGUCCCUUGUGGCGAUCCCCGGUGAAGAUCCCUCCACAAAGGGUUCAUCGGCCCAUGCACCUCGUGGACGUAAGCUGAUUAUCUCGUGUAAGCUCCCUAGCUACGAUCAAAUAGAAUCCAGUAUUGACUUUUUUCGAUGGAAGAAGUACGGCCACAAGCCCCAAACAGACACUCGGCUCGAUUCGAAGUCGUAUUACCGCUGUGCGUUCUUUAACUGUCCGGCUCGUAGAACAAUCACCUUUUUUUAUUCCCUGAGCUCCGAUGGUACCGAAACAGUUGAGUCCGUGAUUGUGCAGUACGAGAAUCAGCACACACACCCUCCUGAUAGGACUAGGAUACCCUACAAGGAUUGCCUUAAACUCCUAAAAGCUCCAGAUCACUUACCAAUUCAGCCAAUUAGGUCUCCUGACCAUCCCAUCUUUGCUAAUCCCACGUCAUACUUGGGUGUCACAGGGGUUACCGUUGCCCAGCGACCCGUGUUCACAUCACUGACACCUCACAUGACCGCACCUAUUGGAGACCCUGCUGGCCACCAUCCUAUAGCCAUGCAGCACGGAAUGCCUGCGCAGGCAUCACAUGGAAUCUCCGACAUAAACACUGUCACACACGGAGCUCAGCUGGUCUCCUCCAUGCAGCGUAGCGACUCAUUUGAGCGAACCUCCUGUCUACUUUUCCCCCGGGUAGAUUCUAUGGCACUUCAAGAAGGGUUGUCCGGGCUGCACACAGACCAGAGUCUCUACGGAUGUGCUUCUGGGUCGCCAGGCUACGGAGCAUCGUAUCCGCUUGCUACACAGCCAGACUGCAGCAGCUACAGUCUCGUGCGCUCCAAUUCGUUCUUAUUUCUCAAUCAGCUAGGCCAAGCUCAGUCACAGCUCGAUCAGGUGAUUGACGCAGGGCAUUCGUCCACAGUUGGUAGCUUCGGGUCUACCAGCAAAAUCCCUUCGAUUACGCCUCACUCAAUUCACUCUUCGAACAUGGAAAAGGAUCUCCUCUCCUAUUGCUCCACAAUCGUACGGGGGGAUGAGAACAUUAACUUGACGAAUGCAGAGAAUGAAUCCAUAAGCCGCAUGCAUGACACCUUGCUGGGCCCGAUGGUUAACGUUUACUCUUGA